UGGAGGAAGGGGAGGAGGCUUUGAGACAACGGGCGCGCGAGGAAAGGGCGGGCGCGGCGUUCCUGAACUCGCUCGCGUGUAGCGGCCUCCUCCUUACCACCGGCGUGCGCGCGCGCUAGCUGCGUCUUUCCAUUUCUGCGCUCGUCCGUCCGUCUCUUCCAUUCUUCUCUUUCCUUCUUACCCGGCUAGUCGGGCGAGCGAGCAAGCAAGCAAACAAGAUCGGUGGUGGCGGUUUCUGAGGGACUGCGAGCGCGACUCAAACAGCCGCGGGAGGGCGGCGGCUCGCUCUGCGGAACAACCGCAAGGUUGUCUCCCUCCCUUUAGUCGAGAGGAGGCAUUAAUUACUCGCCCCUUUGGCUCAUUUGUGCCUUUAACGAGGACAAGUAGCCCCUCCCCCCUUUAGGGUUUUAGUCGUGGUCUUGCGGAGGGGGGGGCAAAGCGCGCGAGGAGGGCGGGGCAGAUUUCGCCCUUUUUUCGUUUUUCAGCCUACUUUGCAGUUUUCCAUUUUUUAAUAAUUAUCACCGGGAAAAAAUUGGACAGGAUACUAAGGAGGGGAGAUCAUUGUUGUGACUCAAAGGACAAUCUGAUAGCUUUCUAAAGCAGUUAAUCCUUAUCGUUCUGCUGCAGUUUCUCCCCUUCCAUUGAUAUUUCCCCAAAUUUAUUUCAUUAACCUUCUAUCUUCCUUAUCCUAAACCCAGAGUCCUGUUCAAGAGGAGUAGACGGAAAGGGCAGUCAGGUAUUGCUGGUGCCAGGUCUAGCCUUUUUAGGGGCCUAGUUUGGAGGGAACAAACACACAAGGAGUUUUCUGUACUUUAAAUACUUAGAACGUAAGAUUUUUAAAAAUCCACCCUUCCUUGGAGAGAACAGCAGCAUUAAACACAUACGCGUGUGCACGCACACCCACCCACACAAAAAACUUUAAUCUUCAGGGCAAUAGUGAGGCAUCGCCCAUUGGAGUACCAGGAUAAUACAGUUCACAUGACAUCUUCCUUCUUCUGGAGGCUCUGUGACCGAACCACGCUCGAAGAGCCAAAAGGUGCUGAGAGGACUUGAUUGCCUCUCUAGGGGGUGGUAAAGGGGGGGGGGAAGAGAAAGUCCCAGAAAAAUCUCUUAUCACUGAAGGGAAGUUGAAGCAACAGUCUCUGGAUAUUGCUGCCCUUCCCACCCCCAAGCGUUGGAUGUAAUGCCAAACCUGGAUGGACCCUAAGGCAUGUCAACUUUGGUUGAUUCUCCUGGCUUGCUGGACAUUCCUUUCAAAGGAGACCUAACGUCUGUGAGACUAGUUCAAGAUGUGUAGCUCUGUUGCUCCCAGGCUCUGGUUUUUAACGGAUCGUCGUAUUAGGGAAGACUACCCUCAGCAACAAAUCCUGAGAGCACUGAAGGCCAAGUGUUGUGAAGAGGAUUUGGACUUCCGGGCCUUGGUGAUGGAUGAAGUGGUCCUGACCAUUGAGCAAGGAAACCUUGGUCUUCGAGUCAAUGGAGAACUUGUCACUGCUUACCCACAGGUAGUGGUGGUUCGUGUGCCAACACCAUGGGUCCAAAGUGACAGUGAUAUUACGGUUCUUCGCCAUCUGGAAAAGAUGGGUUGCCGGCUAAUGAACCGUCCUCAAGCCAUACUUAAUUGUGUCAAUAAGUUCUGGACUUUCCAAGAGCUAGCUGGCCAUGGUGUGCCUCUUCCAGACACCUUUUCCUAUGGUGGGCAUGAAAAUUUUGCCAAAAUGAUUGAUGAAGCAGAAGUGUUGGAGUUCCCCAUGGUUGUAAAGAACACACGUGGUCAUAGAGGUAAAGCUGUGUUUCUGGCAAGAGACAAGCAUCAUUUAGCAGACUUGAGCCAUCUAAUUCGUCAUGAGGCCCCUUAUCUAUUCCAAAAGUAUGUCCAGGAGUCCCACGGCAAAGAUGUUCGUGUGAUCGUAGUAGGAGGUCGUGUAGUGGGCACUAUGCUGCGUUGCUCAACAGAUGGUAGAAUGCAGAGUAAUUGCUCGCUUGGUGGCAUAGGAAUGAUGUGCUCGCUGAGUGAACAAGGCAAGCAGUUGGCAAUCCAGGUGUCUAACAUUUUGGGGAUGGAUGUAUGUGGCAUCGACCUCCUAAUGAAGGAUGAUGGCUCGUUCUACGUCUGUGAGGCCAAUGCAAAUGUAGGUUUCAUUGCCUUUGACAAGGCUUGUAAUCUAGAUGUAGCUGGUAUCAUAGCGGAGUAUGCCGCUUCCCUUCUUCCCCCCGGUCGCUUGACACGACGCAUGUCCUUGCUCUCUGUGGUGUCCACGGCUAGCGAAACUAGCGAGCCAGAGCUGGGCCCUCCAGCUAGCGCCACUGUCGAUAAUAUGAGUGCGAGCUCCAGCUCUGUCGACAGCGACCCUGAAACCACAGAGAGAGAGUUGCUCACCAAGCUCCCGGGGGGUAUAUUCAACAUGAACCAGCUAAUAGCCAAUGAGAUUAAGCUCCUGGUGGAGUGAUGCUACAUGUAAAUAAAAAUGACCAACUUUCUUGUAUAUAUAUAUUUUUUAAAACAAGAACCAACUUGUAGUGCUGUAUAUCAGAAGCAGCUUAUGGAGGUGAAGGGAGGUUUAAUCUGGGGAUCAAGAUCAAAACGCAUGUUCUGUGAAUGUUGCUUUUGCUACUUGUUAAUUUUGCAGAACAUAUGUUCAGUUGAUAUUUUUUACAGCCAAUUUUCCUUUGGUAAUGUCCAGUUAAAAGCCUGCAUUUGCGUGGGGGAGGGGGUUUGAAAUCUUUGUUUCAUUAGAGAUACCACUGUGACUUUUAAAUUCUUUGCAGGGUUCAUGGGGAAGUGAUUCAGCUUGAUUUGUGCUUUUGGAGCUUGGAAAUUUGAGUUUUCCAAAAGCAUUUGUGAACUAAUGUCUGUAACUAUCCCCUCACCUCAUUAGCACACAAUCCUGUUGGCUGCUGUAUGUCCCUUGCUCCCAUGUCCCAUAAGAGUUUAUAAGUUAGGGCAGCCAAUUUUUGUUUCUUUCAAAGGUUCUAAAUAUUGGCAUCUCCCAUUUAACAUCUGCAGGAUCUGAGAACUCGCAUUCCUGACAAAUAGUCUGUAAUGACCUCGGAGGUCUGGCCCUUAAGCAGUUUAACAGGGUGCAACAUAUAUUAGUUCAGCAUGAGCUUUUGAAACAAACCUGUGACUUCUGCCAUUUCAGUAUUAACAGAUGGAUUUAUGUCCAUACAUUUAUAUUUAAAACAAAACCAUUUUCUUCAGGAGAAAGACUUUAAUGUGUGUGGAUUUUAAAAAUUAUUUUAAUCCCUGGGGUGGGAGAAGAUAUGUCUAAAUUUCAGUCUUGUUCAUUGAUGGCAGAAGUGGCAUGUUUUCUUUUGCACAAAAAGCAAAGAUAAACAGCGCUGUUAACUUUUGGUGUACAAAAUAGUGUUUAAUCCAAUGUGAAAAAGAAUAACACUAGUUUAAAACAAAUGUGCAUUGACUUGUAUUUGUUAGUGUUUUAGUCCUUUUUGCAAGAUAUAUGCUAUGUUAAUGUUUCAUUUUUAAUACAUGCUCGUCGCAACACUUCCUUCUCCAUGCCUGCAUCUUUAACAGUGGCCAAACUUGAAAAUACCCAUACUAUUUAACAUCACCACUAUUUAACAAACGAAAACUAGACACUUUUUUAUCUGUUAUCCAGAAAAAUGGGGGAGGGGUGUGGAGGAGGGUUGAAAUGGUUGCAAAUUUCAAAACUGCUAUGGAGUAAACUUAAUGUGUUACUACUAUUAGUAACUUUUCUUUAUAGAAGACAUUAAAAUCUAAAGUAAAAUGUAAAGUGACUUCCUAAGAAUAAAUCCUGAAGAGAAAUAAGCAGGUUUUGGGAAACAAUACAGGAUACUUUGCCAGUAAGGCCCAGCCAGAAUUGGAAUAUGAUUUAGGCCACGCAUAUGUUGAUCUCAGGCCCCUAUGUAUGUGUCUGUAUUUUGCUUUGUUUUGUCAUUGGUUUUUUUGUCUGUCCAGUUCGUCACUCUUUUUUCCAGAAUGCCUGAUGAUCUCCUCUCCCAACCCUCAUCCAACCCUGAUAUUUCUGGCUGUGCAUUUUCUUAUUAAAUUUGAUAAAAGAACCAAAACAGCAGCUUUGGGUCUGUUUUAAUGGCCUCACCUUCCUCCUCCUCACCCAUUUCUCACUCAUUUAUUUUCUUUGGGGUGCAUACAGCAUUGAAACUAUAUAUACAAAACCCUAUUUCUAUGAAAAAAACCCACAAAGUAAAAUGUUUGCAACAGGAAGAUGGUUUAUGGAAAGGUUUUGGAGGGUGGGCAGCUUAUGUGUGCAAUGCUGCUUUUAUCUGAAUGCUUUAAAGGAAUAUGUCCUCUCUGAGGCUCUUGGCAUUACCCUUCUGGCCCAUCCUCUCCACUUUGCAGUCUUACCUUCACUUGGAUCCUAAAUAUACACCAAUUGAGGCUAACCAUGCAGAGAGGCAUCAGGCGGCAACAAACAGAAAAAUGUUAACCUGCUUUCAUGGAGGUUUGGUCAUGCCUGGUUAUAUGUUUUUAAAAAACAAAAACAAAUUUGGAUUUUUUUUGGUAGAAUUAGAUAUUAUUGAAAUCAAGCGGAAGAUUGACUGUUGACAUUAGGAGGUGAAGCAAAAAACAUUUUUGAGUGCCCAGGUUGGAAAGGUUUUCAUUUAAAAAACCAACACCAGGCAGAGGAUAUAACCAAAGCCCAAUCUUUUAAGCGUUUUUUUUCCCUGACUCAUGAUUCAUCAACCCUUUGCCAGCUAAACGUGUGUCUUCUAAAAUAGAGGUUUCUCUGAAAACCCAGUUGGGUAAUGUUUUCCUUAUGUGUGCUUUAAAACACUGAGCAUGUUACAGGAAUCUGAGCAAAGAAUUAGCCCUCUGUUAGCUGAUAGAACUUUAUAAAUCUCUGAAUCACUCACUCAAAAGAAACAGUGUGAACCCAGGAAGGAGCGGGUAACUUUCUUUGACACUUCUGAUGCAGGCUAUAUUAAGUCAACAGUCUUGAGCAAAACAGAUAGUGACAACUGAAAUUUUCAUACUCAUAUUUUUUCCCCCUCUCUAAAUUCCUAGAACCAGUUUACAUCAAUAUAAAUGCAGUGCAAUGAAGCACAUGCUUCUUUCUGAAACACACAUGCAAAAAAAAUGAAGGGUUUUUCAAACUCUGGUUUUUCCGCUUGUCAUGAGAUGGUCAUGGGUGCACUGUGAGAUUGGAGUAAACUCUGGAUACUCUGUGGGAGAAGAAAAGCCACACUAAAAUCUCACAGAAAAUUGUACUUAAAGAAACAAGACCUUUUUUACCUUACCUAUUAUAUCUCCACCAGGAAAAUGUAAUGGUAGAAGGUUUUAAAAACAUAUCUC